AUGUCAAGCAUCACAGACGGACUCGUCAUCAAGCUAGUCAACAUCGUUGUCUAUGCCGUAUCGCUCGGUUCCAACGUAUACUCGGUCGCUGGACCAGAGGACAUGUACGGUUCGAGCAAAGUAACCUACAUUACUCCCUCUUACUACGCAUUCUACGUAUGGUCCCUUAUCCACCUUUUAUUACUCGGAACGAUAAUCUUCCAAUUCACCUCUCGAGGCAAAGCCAUCAUUGUCGAUUCCAUCUCUUGGAGAUUCGCUUUACUCGGAAUCUUCAACUCUGUCUACAUCUUCUUCUGGUCUAGACAUUGGUACAUCCUCGCAUUCGUCUUAUCACUCUUGGUCUCUGCUACAGUCUCUCAAAUUUACUACGUGGUUAAGAGAGAUCACUCCGAUAGGGAGUCAUUGGGAGAGGAGGCUUUCGUUCAUCUUCCAUUCUCACUUUAUCAUGGAUGGACAAUCGUCCUAGUCGUCUUAUCGCUCUUCGAAGCAUUCGGCGUCAACGCACACACCCACAAAGCAGGAAUUUGGACCAAGAUCUUUGUAUUCCUCGCGUUCGUUUUCCUUGAAACUACCGCUGCGGCCUAUGCCUUCGCAAGUAAAGAAGGUGAUGCGGCUGGUGCGGCCGCCAUCACUUGGGCCUUGUUUGCUAUCUUCAUCCACCAAACUAGCUCAAAGUUCAUUCACUGGUCUGCCUUUGCCUUCUUCCUCUUAUCUCUCUUGGCAAUCGUCAAAUCUUUGAUCGCCACCGUCAGAGGAUCUGGUACAUUGUUGCACGACGAAGAGAGAGCUCCUCUUGUUUCUGGAUCGUCAUAG